AUGGGUACUUCGGACUUAAAUUUUUAUAUUAACAAGCAUAGGAAAGCAUAUGAAGAGAGGCUGAAGAGGGAACAGCAGAACCUUCAGGGAAAAACUUCUGAGGGGGAGGCGGAGAAGGUCGCCCCGAGUGAAGUGGCCAAAGGAGAUACUAAUGAGCAGCCCAAUGAAGCCGAAAGCUGCAGCAAAAACCUAAGUGAGGGAUAUUGUGAAAAUACUAAUCAGAGCGACGCUACGAGAAAUUCCACCAGAGACGAAAAUAUUAAUCAAGUUGAUGCUGACUACCUGUUUGCCCUGAAGCUGAAUGAGGCCCUGAAUGGACACGAUGAACCCUCCAGCGUGGUGAACGAAAACCACUUGAGUAGUGAAGACAGGAAUGAGGAUGCAGAGGAUGAUGUUAGGAAGCCGGACAACUCUUAUGUUGAGUGUCUCCUGGGGGAUAAUAGCUACAUGCCGUUUUGUAUGAAUUACGACGUAGGAAGGAAUACCCCCAUGAAUCAAAACCCACUGUCCCCUAGUGGAAGGAACAGAAGGAGUGGCCACUACGUGGACAAUAAUGAAGGAGGUCAUAUGUACGGACCCUACAACCUCCGUAGUAGGAAUAACCGAGUAAAUGGGUUUCAGAAUGGCAACCAAAGUAGCAGCAACGCUGAUAGGCGCUACUCACCCCGUUUUAAUGGCGUAUAUGAACCGAUUAACAUUUCAUUAAGCUCAGAUGAGGAGGAAGCAGAAGUUCAAGUAAAUAAUGAAGAAGCGAGAAGUUAUGUGUUCGAAGACGAUGGGGUGAGAAACAGCAGCGAGAUUUGCUAUGUUCCUGAUGAAAAUUUAUCCUUGACGCCAAGGCAGAAUAAGCCAAGUGGGCAAAGCAAUGUGGGUAGACCAUUUUCCACCAGAGGGGAAGACUUAAGGGAAGAAGUAACCAUUAUUGAAGGGAUGGGACAGGAAGCAUUUUCCCGCAAGGGGCCUUACCAUCAUGAGAAAGGGAAGCCUGAAGUGUGUAUUCAAGCACAUAAAGGAAAAGGAGGAAAGGAGGACAUCCCCAGGGUGAUGGAAAGUACAAAUAAUUUUUCCUUCCAAUCUGUAGGGGCACAAGGUGCUGGAGGCACAGGAGCCGGACAUUAUAACAACUAUGGAGCGGGUGUUCAAUCACCCAAAUGUAAAGUGGAGAAGUCUGUGAAUGGCUUGUGCGAUGUGUAUAAUGACCAUUUCGGUGUCAGCAGUAGGGGGAAAUUUCGGCUAGUCCGCAGUGCAGCAGCAGCAGCAGCCACAGAGGCGGGACACACGCCCAGGGAAGGAGAGCACAAUCGCGAGAAUAACCUACUUAGGAACCACUACGGGGAUUCAUCUCGGCAUGAUGAUUACUCACAAGAGGGAGGGUACUACGUGCACUACGCACCGAUGAGUCCAAGUGGAAAGGAAAAGGAAAAAAAUAAAUUUACAUUUGAAGGUGUGUACGAUGUGGAUUCAUACGGUGAGAGGGUAGACAAGGGGUCAAAUUUCCUCUCUAGGGGAAAGAAUCGCAACGGAGGAGGAGAAGAGAGAACACAAAAUGUUCAAGGGGGAUACUACAACGCACGUGUACAAGACGGUAAUGAUGUGAUCCCCUUGGAAGGAGAAGAUGUGAUAGGUAGUGCUCCGUCGCCAUAUAAGGCCAGGACGAAGAAAAGCAAAAGGAAAGUGAAUAACAUCAACCAGGUGGACAGAAACCUUAACGAUGAAGGAUCGUCUCCUAAGAUGGUCCAACGCAAUGGUUCACCUCUCAUGUCCUACACUCUGAGGUCCUCGAGAAAACACCCCGCGAAUGAAAAAAUUGAAGACCCAUACUACUGCAAGGGGGAUAAUUAUGAGGCACAAAAUGGAGGUGGUCUUGGGGGUGUCCCUGAGGAUGACCUUCUUUUCUUUAAGACAGCUGUGGGCAAGAGGAGCGAGCCACAUGAUAGGAACAACCCUACCAUGGGUGUAUGUAACAAUGGAGGGCACGCAAAGAGCGGCAUGACGUAUGCUGACGUGGGUUGGGGCGUAAUGCAAGGUGAGUCUUCCCCUUUUAAUAUGUUCCAUUUUGAGCAGGGCACCGCUGUGGAGCCAAGUGUAAACGAUUAUGUUAUGAACAACGUUGUGAUGGAGAUGGAUGACAGGGCAGAGGUGUUUGCAAAAAUGGCUGACAAGUAUGCACCUGUUGAGAAAAGCAGUCGUCGUCUUCCCUUUGAGUCUGUUCACCAUGGGGGGGAGGUCCCCUCAGUCGGGGCAACGGCACCUGAGGGCAGUCUCCACUCAAGAAGGAAUGAACACCCAGAAUUGUUUAACGGCAUCCACUUUAAGCAAAGCGAGAGGGCCAUCACACGGAACCACGGCCAGGAUGACAUAAGUGUAAAUUCGUUCCACUACAAAGAUGGAGGCUUGAGUCAAGGAGGAGGUACCCAUAGGUUGCGUAAUUUUGUAGAAGAGGGCAACUGGUCUGAUGCUUCCCCAGAUCGGUCCAGCGUACUACGUGGCGCCCAUUUCAGUCACGACAUACCAUCGUCAUCCCGCAUGGUGAAACCCCUGUGUGAUGAAAAUCCCCCACACAAUGAAUUUCUCCUAGCCAACGGUCACGAUACACCCAACUACCAAAUGUUAGUAAUGAAUAGAGAGGUGAAUUAUCAACACAGACCGGAAGAGAAGAACACGAAUGAGGGCCACUACCGACAUGUGAACAAGGACAGGUCGCUACACCGAUCCAAUGGGACAAGCCACAACCAAUUUAUCACAAGUGGGAAGAGCCCUUUUGUUUGCACUUUAGGAGAAGCCCAAGGAAGGGCAGUACCGGACGUGUACGUCAUUGACGAAGGCACAACAUGUGGAGAACCACGUUCUACUCAUGAACAGAGUCUCCACCAUAACAUGGGGGGUUAUGGCCAAGGGAUAAUACUUAACAAGAAUGCACAAGAGAUGAUUGGUGAUGUGAAGAGAGAGAAUGCAGGUUCAAUUAAAGCGGAAAACGCACACAUGGAUCAGGUGCAACAAGGGCGUGUUGGAAACGCACAUGGAGGUGAUGCGCAUGCAAAUCGUGGCGUCUCUGAUCAGAGUUAUGGGAGAGGCAUGGAUGACAACACGGCUUCUGCGAUGGACCAAUGUGAUGAGGAGAGCACCAACAAUGAAGAUCUCAGUGUACAGCAGGCCAUCAUUAACAGCUUAAUUGAUUUUUAG